CUCCUGCAGCUGAAGGCACUGAUCUAAGUCCCCGGACAUACCCUCGACAGAGAUCCAAAAGAUAAACGGUUCGCAUAUGUGUCUCCAUCUCCCUGCAGAUGCAUUUAACUUCAUGGCCAGAUGUCGUCGGUCCAGGAGAGCGCUGCCCGAGAGGAGAAGCUGAGCCGAGCUGGAACAAACGACAGAGGGGACAUUGUUCCGAUCAAAUGAGUAAAAGUGCAUCAUUUGUUCGACUUUUCGUGGGGCUCAUUCUCACUGCGACGGGUGUGCAUGCCUCCUGUCCCAUUGAGUUGAGCCCCCCCAGUGUUGUGGUGAAAUAUGGAGACCCAGUCUCAGUCAACUGCAGCACAUCAGAGAUCCUGUUUGAAGGAAUUGGCUGGGAGGCUACACAAGGCGGCAGAAGUCUAGAGCCGGUCAACCAUUUGACCUGGGCUGUGGAGAACUUAACAGACUGGACCAUCUCUCCCUCAUGCUUCAUAAACGGGUCACCAAAUGGGACAUUUGACCAGUGCUCCAAGACUGCAAAAGUUGUACUUUAUACGUUCCCGGAAAACAUCAGCAUCAGCUCCAGCACUGGCUCAGACGGUGUGAUGAUAGAAAAGGAGAUAUAUGACUUCAGGUGUCACAUCCACCGUAUAGCACCUGUGCAACAUCUCAAUGUCAGAUGGUACAAAGGAAAUAAUUUAAUUUCUACAAACAUCUUUAAUACUACCAGUAAAAAACCAUUGGAUAGGGUAUCUGUCUACAGAUUUACACCUACUAAACAAGACAACGGAGUCACAUUCAGAUGCGAGGCACAUCUGGACCUGGGGCCAGAAGGGUCACAAUUUCAUGCAGUCUCACAAGAUUUUAACAUCACAGUUAACUACCCACCAUCAGAGAUUACUGGGCUUGAAGACUCUGAAGUUGAGGUUGGUUCUGCUGUGUGGCUGAAAUGCUCCUCCACUGGUUUCCCACAACCAAAGUAUUCCUGGGAUUAUUACCUGGCUGACAACGUGACGGAGGAAAAUGAAGAUGGAAUGUCCCUUCUGCUCAUCCACAAUGCUAAUGCACACAACACGGGCUCCUACACAUGUCACGCCUCGAAUGAGAGAGGAAAUGUCUCUAAAACAGCCAAAGUCACUGUAAAAGGUGCCAAGCAAAAAUGCCCUAUCGAAAUAACUCCAGAAAGGAUGGUGAUACCGUACCAAGGAACAAGCCGGAAUGCAACAUGCAAAACAACAUCCACCAGCACCAGAAAUGUCAAAGAAAUAUACUGGCAGGAUCUGCAGGGCAUCAAAACUUACAGCGAAAGUUGGCAUGUUGACACCCAUAAAGACUGGGACCCUAGGCCUGUUUGUACUGCAACGUUUGUGGGAAUAGGAGCAUGCCAUAAAACUUUAAACUUCACUCUCUACAAAACACCAGACAGCGUCUUCAUUCAUCCUGUCCAUAACUUGAGCUCAGCGGUAGAAGGUGGAGUGCUCCAACUGCAGUGUGAUAUUGUCAAUGUUGCUCCUGCACGGAACCUCGUCGUGUGGUGGUAUCAAGGGAAUGACACCAACCAACCACUUGGCAAAGGCUCAAUGCGAGUGAUUGGCUGUCUGCCUGAGAACAGCACAAACUGUGACAUCAAUGUAAUCAGAUCUCCGGUUAAUGUGUCGUCUACCGUCAGCAUCAAUCUGAACAGAGGGCACAACGGAGCAGACUUCAGAUGUGAGGCUCAGAUGGACCUGGGACCGGAGGGACCACAGCAUCCUCUAAACAUGAUGUCCAUUCCUUUCAACAUCCCUGUCCACUAUAAACCCAUCAUUAACGCGACAAAGCUUCCAAAGAGAAUCCCAGUGUUCAGAGGUUAUCCCGAGGAGCUCGUUUGUGAAGCUGACGGUCACCCACCUCCAAAGAUCAACUGGCUGUACAGCUCAGACAAAGUGCCCCGUGAGUCGGAAGACACACUCAUCGUGUUUGAAGCAGGCUUCUACAACUGUACUGCCACCAAUGAAGUUGGGUCCGUCUUCCAUGUGGUCGAAGUGAUUUUAAAGGAGGACUACCUGCCCCUCAUAGCUGGAUUUGUGGCAGUCACAGUAGUUGCCAUCUCCGUCGUCUUCCUCUUCAUCUACUCAAUUUACUACAAGAACACCAAGAUGCGCCGCUACAGCCUUAAAAACCCCAAACUCAGCACCCACAAUGGUAACGUAGCUCACAACGGCUGGGACCUGCAGUUUCCUAUGACCAAACUGUCUUAUAUUUUGCAAUUAUCUUGCGAAUGCGCUUUAAGAAUGGGUGGCCCUAAGACUGCUGCAGUUUUAACACACACUAACAGGAAGUGCACUGCUAUAACUGUUGUCAACUCUGAAGCCGCUCCGGCUGAAGUGUCGCCCACGCCCGCCCGCCCCCCCCCCCCCCCCACCCACUCACUCCAAAUCAUCGACGCGCCGUUCACUUCUGGCAGAUGUACUCCAGCGCGUCGCCGGCGUUUUACGAGGGGCACGUUAACGCAUCACAGGACGUCGACUCUCGGGAUAGUCCGCGAAGGGAGUCACCAGGUGAAAACGAAACUACGCGGAGAGCAGGAGGGACCCGGAUUUGAAUGCACCUUCGGCCGAGCGGAGCGUUCAUAUCUUUUAUUUAGUCGCGGGAGUUUUGCCGGUUGGUACGCGGAGGAAAUCAUGCUGUGGCUUUUCUUAUUCAGCGGCGUAAUUGCGUCUGCAGGAAAGCCUGCGAGUGCCUCCUGUCAGGUCGAGCUGAGCCCUCCUAGCGUUGUGGUGAGAUACGGAGACUCCUUAUCAGUCCUCUGCAGCUCAUCAUCCAACCAGACAGAGGGAAUGGGCUGGGAGUCUCCACUGGGUGGUAUAGCAUUUACAACUGGAGUCUCCUUUCUUACCUUAAAAAUAGACUCUGUAAAACACUGGAGCAUAGCUCCUCAAUGCUACAUCAACCUCCUCGAUGGUAGUCAGUGCUUCAAACCCCUGCCAGUCACCGUUUACAAAACGCCGGACAGCGUGUCUUUGUCUGAGCUGGGUCAAAUGGUCCCCUUGGUGGAGGGCAGACUGUACCGCAUGGAGUGUGACAUUGCUAAUGUUGCACCAGCGAGUGGCUUCCAUGUGCAUUGGUACAAAGGAAAUGAGAUGAUCAAACGUGACACAUUUGACGAGUCCAAGCUGUCUCCAGUCAAUAAGACAUCUGUCCUGAAUCUGACCGCCAAGAGAGAUGAUAAUGGAACUCAGAUCUGGUGUGGCGCAAAGCUGCACACUCUGCUAACAGGAACGAAUCUGACCUUGAUGAGAUCAAAGUCACGUGAAGUGAUUGUACUGUACCCACCAACCUUCAACAAGCCUGAAAAUGAGACGGUGGAAGCUCCCGAUGGUAGUAAAAUCAUUUUAAAUUGCACUUCCACAGGAAACCCAUUGCCGGUAUACAGCUGGCAUUUCCCAGAAUCCAUACAACAGAUGAACGAGAAUCACAAUGCGAAUCAACCCAUCUUGACCAGGUCUUUUCAGUCUCCAGGGACCUAUAGCUGCACAGCGUCCAAUACACAGGGCACCAGUACCAAAUAUUUCACCGUCAUCGAAGCUCCACGGAAUCGAACAACCUUUGCAGCCAUAGUUGGAGGAUUUGUGUUCCUGGGAAUCCUAAUCAUCGCUGCUGGUGUAUUGUUUGUGACACCUGAGGGCACAUUUUCUUUGAACAAAGGCAGCUAUCUCAGAGGACGACCUACCUCAGCAGGACCUGUAUCGGGGCCCUUUUGUUCCAACAUAAUUCCCUGCAGAGUUGCCAAGCUUCUCCAAGUUGGAAUUUUCUUUCGCUCGCCCCUUAAUCGACGGCUCAGUGCAGGAAAUAACAUGGGGAACGACUUUCUGCGAUGGAUCCUGACGUUUUGCACGUUUUAUUCCGUGUCAGGUGAAGGUUGCUCCCUAACCCUGAAGCCCUCCAGGGUUGUGGUGGGCUUUGGGGAGCCGGUGUCAGUCAGCUGCGAGGCCGCCCGCCCAGUGCGUGUCCUGGGCUGGGAAUCGGCCAUCAGUGCUGCACACACUCAGCAGGACCUGUCCGUCCAGUGGAAGGUAGACAGUCUCAUUGACUGGAUAGAGGAGCCCAUCUGUUAUGGGGUGUUUUUCACAGCUCCCAGACAGUGUGAGGAGAAGCUCAACCUCGUCCUCUACAAAACCCCAGAUAGCGUCUCCAUCAGGCCUGUGAACCACACUGGCCCCAUGGUGGAAGGAAAAGAGUACCAGCUGCUCUGCGAGGUUCAAAAUGUUGCUCCCGUUCAGUAUCUCACCCUGAGGUGGUACAGAGGGCAGACUGAGGUUUAUAACCACUCUUUCUCUGACCUCACAUCUUCCUCACCUGUCCAAGUGUCCUCUAUCCUCCUCAUCACGCCAACCAAGGCCGAGAAUGGAGCCCAGUACAAGUGUGUAGCAGAGCUGGAGCUCGGACCAGAGGGACCACAACCAGCCCCUACUGUGACCUCGGAGCCUCUUAAUGCCUCUGUGUACUUUCCCCCAAUGUUCCUCAGUCCUGAACCAGAAGUUUUGGACCUUAGAGCGGGUGGUGAAAUCUCCUUAAACUGCACAGCUACAGGAAAUCCCAAACCCAUGUACAGCUGGCAAUCCUCCCAUCCUAUGCAGGAGACGUUUGAGGAUGAAGCAGUUCUUACCUCUUCGUCACUGCUCCCUGGGACGUACACCUGCAUUGCCUCCAAUACACUGGAGAAGAAGAGCAAGCAGUUCAUUGUCAGGGGCAAGACCAAAGGUGUUUGAACCAAGUAAUCUUGAGAUGGGAUCGGAUGACAACAUUGGACAUACAAGGAGAAUUCAACUAAAGGGAUUUUACUGUUGCUGCUUUGGAGGCGGAAAUGGCGCAUUCAUAAUUCAGCAGAUAUUUAUGAAGAUCUUGCUAUCAUCCAGAAUUAGAUCUCAUAAAGAAACAGAGCCAAAUAUACUAUAUUUGGUAACUGGAGAAUUCUCAGUUGUGGUGCCAUUUCAUUUGUCAGUAUUUUAAUAUGAAUGUAUUCUGUGUGGUAGUAUCUUGGUUUAAAAUAUAGUUCACUUUUUAUGCUUUCCAUGUGGUAUCCUGUAUCUAAUUUAUAUUUUUGCUAGACUUAUUUUCCUAUUAAUGAAAUUAUCUUGUAACAUUUGCAAAUGUGUAGCUACACGUAAUCUAGCAAUGAUGACUACAUUGUUGUUAAUGUGUGCUGGAAAUGUAAUUCUGCAACUUUAAUACUAAAUGUUAAAGAUCAGCAGGCCAUUACUGUAAAU